AUGAUAGGAAAAACUGUCACCCCAGAAGAAGCGUUAUACUUUUUGAAAAAGAGCAAGGCAGCCUGCGUCCUCGCAGAUGCAGAUACCCUUGAAACGGCCGAAGCCAUCGGAGCUUAUGCCCGAAACCAGAAUGGUCAGAAGGUGCAUAUAAUUCCCAUAACACGGGCGGGGUUGCGGCCAAACCUACGCCUAGAAUUGGAAAUUGAUAAGGAAUUGUGCUUCCCAUCUAACGCUGGAUCUCUUAUCCUAUUUACCUCUGGCACAACUGCGCUUCCGAAAGGGAUUCUUCUUCCGCGUCAGCUGUUCUACGAGAUAGAAGACAUACCGCCCAUAACCGGCCUCUAUCUCUCAUCUAGCCAGCCACAAUGGAUAGGGGGCGCAACUGGGCUUAUAUUCAGCGUUAUCAAUGGGGAAAGAAUACAUAUCGUUAAUGGUGGACCUGACCCUAAGAGAUACUGGGAAAUUUUACGGAAAGGUCAGGUCACGGAAAUGGGCGCAUGUCCAACACUCCUAAGGACAUUGAUGGAAUACUAUAACGAGCAUAUCCGGGAUCUGCCGACUGAAGAUCGCGACGCAUACAUUAGUGGUGCUCAGAGUCUCCGAGUCGUAUACUCGAGCGGCUCAGCCCUUAAUCCGGCGACUCGCCAGUUCUUUGUGGAUUUGAUGAACAUGCCUAUCAGAAAUGCGUACGGGAUAUCGGAGAUGGGUGGAGGCUUAAUGGUAACUUCAGCUGAGUCGGCCUUACUGAAUGGAUGCAUUGGGACGCCUAUUCCCGGGGUGACAGUAAAGCUUUCUGAGGGUGACCACGGAGAAAUCCUAGUUAAGAAACCCAGCAUGUUCAUCCGCUACAUCGAUGACCCAGCCGCCACACAUGCUGCAUUCGACGAUGAAGGCUUCUAUAAAACUGGUGAUCAUGCCCACCGCGUUGGAGAUAACUAUUUUUUUGAUGGCAGAGUUUCAUAUGAUUGGGUUCGGUUCCAUGGGUACAGGAUAUCUGUCCUGGAGAUUGAACAAAUCCUGACGGACCUUGGAUACAUCUCUGAGGCUCACGUCAUUCCGGUUCCAGAUCACGAGGCUGGCGGGUUAGUGUCCGCGCUCGUUCGAAUUCGCAAGCGGAACGCCGUCACAGAAGAACAUGGCGAUAUCACCCUCCAAAAAAUACGCCAAGACCUCGCCGCCGCCAAUAUUGCUGCGUACAAGCUACCUGCACUUUUACGAGUUCUCAGGGAUCACGAGCAAGUCCCCCUGACGGCCUCGGGCAAAGUUCUGAAAAAGCAAUGUCUCCAAAAAUUCUUUGACAUAUCCGGAUACCUACCGGAUCAAUAUGCUGUUGAUGGAGUGGAGUACUGGGGAAACAAGCUCGACCUGACCGCUUCGACACGUGUAGACGACUGGGGAGAGCUAUAG